CAGUGCAGCGUGAGAUGACUCUAUACUCAAGACAGUAGCUGUCCCCACCUCCCACUUCUGGGCAAGAUGAUGGGACCCUCCCUUAAUUCCAGGUUCAGGAAGUUGGCCUGGACUCCCACAACCUGCCUCUUUCUUACAGACAAACAAGCUUCAGUUUAUGGGAGAGGGUGGGGCUAGGGUAGAGCCUGAGGAUUAGGGAGGGACUCUGAGCCUUCCCCUAUUUAAGAGGAGGCUCAGAGCCUCCUGGUGUCAGAGCCUCUGCUAGUACCGUGGUACUGAAGAUCCUCAUUCCGCCAUCCUCACAACUGCCACACACAGCCAUGUGGGGAGCGUGCUUGCUGCUGCUGGGCCUCAGGCUACAGCUAUCCCUCAGCGUCGUCAUCCCAGUGGAGGAGGAGAACCCGGCCUUCUGGAACCAAAAGGCAGCCGAGGCCCUGGAUGCUGCCAAGAAGCUGCAGCCCAUUCAGACAUCCGCCAAGAACCUCAUCAUCUUCCUGGGGGAUGGGAUGGGAGUGUCCACAGUGACAGCUACCCGGAUCCUAAAGGGACAAAUGGACGGUCAUCUAGGACCUGAGACACCCCUGGCCAUGGACCGCCUCCCACAUAUGGCUCUGUCCAAGACAUACAACACAGACAUGCAGAUCCCAGACAGCUCGGCCACAGCCACAGCCAUGCUCUCCGGGGUCAAAACCAACUUCAAGGUCAUUGGCUUGAGCGCAGCUGCGCGCUUUAACGAGUGCAACUCAACGUGGGGCAAUGAGGUCAUCUCGGUGAUGCAGCGCGCCAAGAAAGCAGGAAAGUCUGUGGGGGUGGUGACCACCACGUCGGUGCAGCACGCCUCCCCAGCCGCCACCUACGCACACACGGUGAACCGUAAUUGGUACUCGGAUGCGGAAAUGCCUGCCUCGGCGUUGCAGGAGGGCUGCAAGGACAUCUCUACACAGCUCAUCUCCAACAUGGAUAUUGAUGUGAUCCUUGGUGGUGGCCGCAAGUUCAUGUUUCCCAAGGGGACGCCGGACCAGGAAUAUCCAGCUAACCCUGGCCAGGGUGGAACCAGGCUAGAUGGCCGCAACCUAGUUCAAGAGUGGCUGGCAAAGCACCAGGGAGCCCAGUAUGUCUGGAACCGCUCGCAGCUCAUUCGGAUGUCCCUGGAUCCUUCUGUGACACAUCUCAUGGGCCUCUUUGAGCCUGACUUCAUGACAUACGACAUCUACCGAAACCCUACCGAAGACCCUUCCCUGGUGGAGAUGACAGAGGUGGCCAUCCGCAUGCUGAGCAGGAACCCCCGAGGCUUCUAUCUCUUUGUGGAAGGGGGCCGCAUCGACCAUGGCCACCAUGAAUCUGUAGCCUACCGCGCACUGACCGAGGCUGUCGUGUUUGACUCUGCCAUCGACAAGGCGGACAGGCUCACCAGUGAGCAGGACACAAUGAUCCUCGUCACCGCUGACCAUUCCCACGUCUUCACUUAUGGUGGCUACACACACAGGGGGAGCUCCGUCUUUGGGCUGGCUCCCUUCAAGGCUCAGGACGGCAAAUCCUUUACCUCAAUCCUAUAUGGCAAUGGUCCCGGCUACAGGCUCCACGACGGCGUCCGGGCUGACGUUACCGAAGAAGAGAGCAGCCACCCCUUGUACCGGCAGCAGGCGGCUGUGCCCUUGGACAGCGAGACCCACGGCGGGGAGGACGUGGCCAUCUUCGCGCGCGGCCCGCAGGCGCACCUGGUGCACGGGGUGCAGGAGCAGAACUACAUCGCGCACGUCAUGGCCUUCGCGGGCUGCCUGGAGCCCUACACCGACUGCGGCCUGGCGCCCCCUGCCGGCCACAGCAUUGCGGCGACCCAGACCUCCACCCUGCUGCUCCUGAUGGCAGGGAUGGUGUUCACACUGGUGGCGGCAGCUGAACUGACUAUCUAGGCUCACUGGACGCCACCGCAGCGUCCCGCCGCUGGCUCCAGUGUCUCCUGACAGUACUGUUUUCUGGACUCCCAACCGCUCCUCUCCCAUGCCCACUUCAGGUUUCUGAUCUCAAUCCUGCAGCCUCACCUUAAGCUCCAGCAGACCUCAGGAUGUUAAGGCACUUCCGGUUUUGCAGAUUGUCACCGGCACUGGACGACCCCAUUGCCAGACUUACCGGCUUCUGUUGCACCUUGAACCAUGAAAACCUUUGACAGCCAUCCACCGACCCUUAUUAGGCCACCUAGCUCUACCCAGGCUCCUUGAAGAGGCCCAGCACGAGAGCGAAAAAGAAGAGAGCGCCUUGUUCCUACCCCCCAGCGUCUAUAGCAUCUAAGGGUGGUAGCAGCACUUGGCUUCCUCCCCAACCCACUGUUUCCCCCUUCAGUUUUUGAGAACUCAGUCCACCAUCUUACCU